AAUAGUAUCAAUACACUUGUUCGAGAUAAUGACUUUACUAACCAUUAAUUUUGCAGUCAAUCAUUAUCGGGUCUGAGAGCACAAAUUACUUUUUGGGCCAAAUUAUAAGAAUGUGAGGACUGAACCUUUUAGUAGUUAGGUUUAUGAACUCUAAUACCAUGCUAAAUUUUAUGAAUUUUUAAUUUAAAAUUAAUUGCCAAUAAAUAGAUUGGCUCUAACCAUUUAUAUACUAUUGUUGGUUAAAUACCAUAUGCUCAAACACACACUCGAGCAACUGAAUCAAAAUCGAUCCGGCUCAUCGAAAGACGCCUGCUCGAUCCUAAAGCGACUUAACUUUAAUGGUGUGGCGGUCUGAUCAAACCUAAUCAAAGAUUGGUUUAUUAUCGAGAUUGAUGGUUAUACAAACCAUUAUCGUAUAGUGGGGAUGGAGGGGCAUGUGAGAAUAAAAACUCUCACAUCAGGAAUUUUCAUGGAUAUGAGUGAUAUAUUAAGGUUAUAGUCAUUCCAUUUAUCACCAAUUAAUUUUAAAUUAGAAGCCUAUGAAAAACGUGAAUUUAACAUAAUAUCAGAGUUUCGUUUGUUGAACCAGGUAGGGUGAUCCAAAAAAAAUUGACCGGUUCAAUCCAAAUGUGGGAUUCAAAUCAAAAUGGGUGGGUAAAAGAUCAACACCUGAUAUAUAAAAGGUUAGGAACAAUCCAUCUAGUAUUAAUUGAGUUUAAAUUGGAAAAUCAUGAAAACCAGGACAUGCCCGAACUUAACACGACAUACACUUAAUCAAAUAGAAACAUAGAUAAGCUCUUACAACCACCACAUCCACCACCCUAAUAGGGAGGUGACCCUAUAAUACUAAAAACAUUAUUAUAAGAAAACAAACAAGCAAACGUAAAGCUUUCGAACUCCCACGUCAAAGCGAUUUCAUUGGACACUGAUGAGAUCUGCAGAUAUUAUAGUGGGCUACCAUUGUCUUUGAGUUUCGACAUACAUUGUCUCCUUUUAAGUAAUGUCCUUUUCCCUCUCUCUUUCCAUGUUUUUUAAAACAUUAAUUUCAUUGAUUAUUUAAAAAAUUCUACAGUAUUCUUUUUAUGUUUCAAUGAUUUAUCUUAUAUUUUUAGAGAAUAAGAUUUGAGUAUUUCCAAAAUAGUAUGUGUUCAGAUAGGCCUUUUGGUAAUUUAAUAGUUAAGUGACAGUUGUACUGUAAAUACAUGAUUUAAAGGAUUAACUCUGGUCAUUAAAUUAUGAAUGCAAUGUUUAACCAAAAAAAGGUGAAUAUAAAUGUCAAUAUAGAUUAAUAGAUCAUAUAACCUUACACGUACCGACCUUAGCUCAGUUGGUAGAGCGGAAGACUGUAGUAGAUGCAGAUAAUCUUUAGGUCGCUGGUUCGAUUCCGGCAGGUCGGAAUUUGUUUUUGCAGUUUCUCCUUUUUCUCUUGGGCCUUACUAAUCUCUGUUUCUCUAUUUUACUUUUUGGAAAUACCUUGGGCCUUUUAAUCUUGUAACGAUAGGCCGAUAAUUCAACAUAUAGCCCUGGCUUAGAUAUAAAAAUUUCAACGGUCAAAUUUAGAAAGAAUCGUGUGCAUCAACGCACGCGGUUUCCCAUAUGGAUCAAUAAUCUGGUAAUGUGUUGUUCACAAAAUGUAGAUGUUUUAAACUGGUUGUGGGUGCAUUUUAAUUAGGCGACGCAUGAACUCGUAAGGUGUAACAGAGUUUAAUUUCUGAAAUGUCUUUUAUUUGUAUCUGGACACUAACAUAGGAUGGUAUUUUCUCCAGCUUUGCUGUUAAUUUCAUGGUAUUUGUUUUUUUCUUUUUUUUUUCUCGAAAAAAACAAUGCUAAUUUUCCGCCUAGUGUUUAGUUUCUCUUGUUACUUUAUUUCUCCGUAAAUGUACUCUCUUCUAGUUCAUCGAUGGUUGUACAUUCUGCAGAGCCGUGUCACCCUUUGGUAAAAAAACAAGCGCCUCAGAUUCUCUGGUUUUAGUCAAAAUUAAAGGUCCCAUUUAUAUACAAUGCAUUAUUUAGUGAUAUAAAUGCUUAGCAUAUGGUUUAUAUUUGAAGAGAUUAAUAGAUCGUAUCUCUUUUUCUCUACAUUUUCGUUUGGAUUCUUUUUUUUUUUUACAUUUACUCUAUUAAUUUAGAGUAUUAUUUGGACGGAAAAAUUCAUUAAUAUUAAAUAUAGUCACAUGUUAUCUGAUAGUGUUAUAUAAACCUUUUUAAUCCAUUACAAAAUACUAUUGAUAUAUCAUACGAACCUAAACACAUGGCAUAACCAAUUUUCCAUUGGUCUACAAACAAAAAUUCAACUAAUAUCUUCAUCCUUCACAAACAUAAUUCUAAACCAUAAUUGAAUAACUUCAUCCUUUCCCAACAUAUUUCUAAACCAUAACUUAAAUUUCAUUGCUCUACUUACAGCACUUCAAUUAAUAUAUAUAUAUAUAUAUGUUUGUGAAGGAUGAAGAUAUUAGUUGAAUAUACUGAGCUUUACCAAAAAUGAUCUAAAACUUGAUUUUAAAUUCAAAGUAUACUUUAACUUCAGUCAACUGCAAAAGUAACACAAAAGUCUAGUGAAAUUACAUCAAACCUCUUAUGACCAAACAAAAAACUAGUAUGCAUUCUUUGAAGGCUUUUCAUAUAAUAGAUCUUAAAAAUAAUUUAUAAAUUUUAUAAAAAAAUACUUUUAUUGGGAGAAAAUUUGAAAUAAUGUAAUUAUAAAUACUUUUAAAUGACAUGAAUUAAAAUCUAGUAAAAUUGAAUUGUUUAGAACAUAGACGAAUUUAGAUUGAGUGACCACUUUCCUCUAAGCAUUUAUAAUCCCUCAAGCCAAACUACUAUCCACGACCAUGUUUGUUGUAAAGUGUUUUAUGUUUUCAUCUUGUAAGGAAAGUGCCACUAGUUUGGUCAUCUCCAUUAUGAUUACCUAACUCAGGAAGAACAUUCACACGAACGUGUUCUAGGCUCUAGACCUCUGUUACUCUUUUGUUCAUUGUGAUUUUUUGAGGUAGAUAUAGCUGUCUUGAAACAGUCGUCCAAAGUUUGAUUUAACUUCUUGAGCUAAGUCGAUCUUUAUGUGCAUUUGUCUUCUUCAAGUAAAGUGUUUGAAGAUGCAAGAUGGGCCACAAACGGACAAACUAAGUAUUGGCCAAGAAUGUCUUGUAGUAAUGACAAUCUGUGGACUAGAUAGGAAGUGUUUGGCAAGUAAAUCUAUUAACGUCAUCUCUUACGUCUUGAGUUCAGUUUUUUUUUGUUUGCUCUCCGCGCCAGUUUAUUCUAUAUAAGCCCUUACAGAUAUAAUCCAAAAAUCAAACCAAAACUUGAGAGUUUCUUUUUACAGUUCAAUAAUCAGCAUGGGUUCUGAAAUAGCCAACAAAACUUAUCCACUUCACUUUGUUCUCUUCCCUUUCAUGGCUCAAGGCCAUAUGAUUCCCAUGGUUGAUAUUGCAAGGCUCUUGGCUCAGAGCGGUGUGACCAUAACAAUUGUCACCACGCCUCACAAUGCAGAGAGAUUCAAGAAUGUUCUAAACCGUGCCAUUGAGUCUGGUUUGCCCAUCAAACUAGUUCAGGUGAAGUUUCCAUCUCAAGAAGCUGGUCUGCCAGAAGGAAAAGAGAAUAUGGAUUUGCUUGACUCCAUGGAGCUGAUGUUACCUUUCUUCAAAGCUAUUAACAUGCUCGAAGAACCGGUCCAGAAACUCAUAGAAGAGAUGAACCCUCGCCCAAGCUGUCUAAUUUCUGAUUUUUGUGUUCCUUAUACAAGCAAAAUCUCAAAGAAGUUCAAUAUACCAAAGAUUGUCUUCCAUGGCAUGUCUAGCUUUUGUCUUCUAUGUAUGCAUAUUUUGCGCAAGAACCUUGAGAUCUUGGAGAAUUUAAAGUCAGACGAAGAGUACUUCACCGUUCCUUAUUUUCCUGAUAAAGUUGAGUUCAGAAGACCUCAGGUUCCUGUAGAAACAUAUGUUCCUACAGGAGAGUUGAAGAAGUUGGCAGAGGAUAUAAUAGAAGCUGAUAAUACAUCAUAUGGUGUCAUAGUCAACACAUUUCAAGAGCUUGAGCCUGCUUAUGUCAAAGACUACAAGGAGGCAAGGUCCGGUAAAGCAUGGGCCAUUGGACCAGUUUCCUUGUGCAAUAAGGUGGGAGAAGACAAAGCUGAGAGGGGGAAUAAAUCAGACAUUGAUAAAGAUGAGUGUCUUAAAUGGCUUGAUUCUAAGGAACAUGGCUCUGUGCUCUACGUUUGCCUUGGGAGUAUAUGUAAUCUCCCUCUGGCUCAACUCAAGGAGCUUGGCCUAGGCCUAGAGGAGUCCAAAAGACCUUUUAUUUGGGUCAUAAGAGGUUGGGAGAAGUAUAAAGGGUUAGUUGAGUGGUUCUUGGAGAGCGGAUUUGAAGAAAGAAUCAAAGACAGAGGACUUCUCAUCAAAGGUUGGUCUCCACAAAUGAUUAUCCUCUCACAUGCUUCUGUUGGAGGGUUCUUAACGCACUGCGGAUGGAACUCAACUCUUGAAGGGAUAACCUCUGGUCUACCUCUGCUUACAUGGCCACUAUUUGCAGAUCAAUUUUGCAAUGAGAAACUGGCUGUGCAAGUACUAAAAACCGGUGUGAAAGUUGGGGUUGAGCAGCCUAUGAAAUGGGGGGAAGAGGAGAAGAUAGGAGUGUUGGUGGAUAAAGAAGGAGUGAAGAAGGCAGUGGAGGAAUUAAUGGGUGAGAGUGAUGAUGCAAAAGAAAGAAGAAGAAGAGCCAAAGAGCUUGGAGAAUUAGCUCACAAGUCUGUGGAAGAAGGAGGCUCUUCUCAUUCUAACAUCACUUUACUCUUAGAAGACAUUAUGCAACUAGCACAAUCCAAUAAUUGAUUACGUCAUUGUUAAAGGAACGUAAACACUUAUCUUUAUUUUUCCUUUAUUUGAGAACCGGGACUUAAUAGUCAACACGUCCAGCAUCAGACAAGUCGUGAUGACUUCCACUUUCUGAAGAUUGUAUAAUUUGUUUAUUAUGUUUUAAAGGCAACUUUAACGGUUCGGUCCUCAAAAAGAGGUUCUGAAUAAUAAAGUAUUGUUAGUUUAAUUGAUGUUGAUUAACAAA